AUGAAGCUCCUGGCCAGUCUCCUCCGGCCUGCACGCACGUCUUCGGUUCGUCCUGUGUUCCAGCCUAUACAGCCAGUCCGAUGGGCGAGGUUUCAGGCGUUCGAAGACUCCUUCGAUCCUGAAGAGCUGAAGGAGGCAAGAUCAUGGCAUAAGACGUUCGAUGGCAGCCAACUUCCGAAGGGCCAAACAAGCUACGCGCGUUCAAGCGGUCCGGGAGGGCAGCACGUCAACAAAACGGAGAGCAAGGCCAUCACUGUUUGGCCAGUCAAGGACCUCUUCCCAGUGCUGCCGAAGUUGCUGCAUCGAGGCAUCAAAGAAUCCAAGUAUUACACGGCGAGGUCGGACUCUUUGACAUUUCAAGCUCAAGAACACCGUCAGAGGGCGGUGAACUCGGACGAGAAUCAAAAGAAACUCGUCGACGAGGUUCAAAGGAUAUACCGGGAGACAGUCCCUGGAGAGACGAGUAAUGAGACAAAGAAGAAGCACGCAAAUUUAGCCAAAUCAUUCAACGAAGGACGUCUGAAGCAGAAGAAGCAACUGAGCUCUAAAAAGCAGAGCCGACGCGCAUCCUUCGAUUAG